AUGCGCUUGCGGUAUUUAGCUACGAUAGUGGAACAACAGGAUGGAGCAGCCAAAAUACCAGCAAUGGAUUGGUCACCGAAUGGCAAAAAAUUAGCAGUUGCUAAUGCUGAUCGAGUUAUAUUGUUAUUUGAUGAAACCGGAAAACGGCGUGAUAAAUUUGCUACUAAACCGAUCGAUGCUAAAUAUGGGAAGAAAAGCUAUCAAGUGAAAACAUUAGUUUUCUCACCCGAUUCUACCCUUAUUGCUGUUGGUCAGACUGAUAAUAUUGUUUAUGUUUAUCGAGUUGGUAAAACGUGGGAUGAGAAGAAAUUUAUAUGUAAUAAAUUUGUCCAAUCAUCAGCAGUGAUAGCAUUAAUAUGGCCAAGUGAGGAUCGUUUGAUAAUUGGUUUAAUUGAUGGCAAAGUAAGAGUUGCAUCAUGUCGUAGCAAUAAAUGUUCCACGUUGUAUAAAACCGAUGUAUCUGUCAUUUCUCUUGCACUUCCGCCUGAUGGUCGAUCAUUCAUUUCUGGCCACACUGACGGUUCCAUCUUUUUAUAUUCGAUCGAUCGAAGAAUACAAACAAAAAUUUUGACACAUAGCUGUCCUCCUUAUGCUUUAGUAUAUACAAGUAAUGGUAUUAUAAUUGGUGGAUGUGAUCAGCGUGUAGUAUCGUAUACAGAAAGUGGCGAAAUACUACAACAAUUUGAUUAUCAUAAUGGAUCGGAUCAUGAGAAGGAAUUUACCGUUGCUAUUCGUGAUUCAGUCGGACAAAGUAUUAUUUUUGGAAGCUUUGACAGAGUACGACUUUAUUCAUGGAAUUCUCGACGAGGUGCUUUGGAUGAAGGUAAAUCGUUGGAAAUUCGUCAUUUAUACACAAUUAGUGCGCUAGCAUGGAGUCCAGAUGGUUCAACUAUUGUUUUGGGUACAUUGUGCGGUGCAGUAAUAACUGUAGAUUGCUGUCUAAAACAUUCUAUGUUGAAAGGACGUUUUCAAACGAAAUAUGUUUCACCUUCACAAGUUCUUAUCAAAGAUAAAGAUGCUGAACAAUGUGUAACAAUUCAUUCUUCUAAAACAUUACCUAUUAAUGAAAUUAAGAUAAUGGGACAUGAUCGAUUUGUAGUGGCUUAUACAACUAAUACAUUGAUAAUUGCUGAUAUGAGUACCGGUUAUUGUAGCGAAAUUGAAUGGCGAAGUGCUGGUAAUGAAAGAUUCUAUUUUGAUAACGAACAUGUUUGCAUGAUAAUCAAUGCUGGAGAGGUAAAUUUGGUAGAGUAUGGUAAUAACGAAAUAAUUGGAUGGAUUCGAACGGAGCUUAUAUCACCACAUCUCAUCUCAGUACGACUUGCGGAACAGAAAAUGAAAAAUGCUGGUGCUAUAAAACGUGUUGCUUAUCUUCUUGAUCUGAAUACCAUUUCAGUAGUUGAUUUGAUAAAUCAACGGCAGAUUGCACAAUUUUCGCAUCCGAUAUAUAUCGACUGGCUUGAGCUCAGUGAAAUGGCAACAAAAUUAUUAUUUCGUGACAAGAGAUCUCGGUUGUUGCUAGCUGAUAUAAAAACUGAUCGGAAAAUAUCAUUAUUGGAUUACUGUAGUUACGUUCAAUGGGUUCCUAACAGUGAUGUUAUUGUGGCUCAAUCAAGUGAUCAACUUUGCAUUUGGUAUCAAGCUGAAAAUCCAGAUGAAAUGGUAAUGAUACCUAUAAAAGGUGAAAUUGAAACUGUUCUCCGUGAUGAAACCAGAACUGAAGUUAUUGUUGAGGAAACAAACGAAAAAGUUGCUUAUGAACUUGAUCAAACACUUAUCGAAUUUGCUUCUGCUAUCGAUCGGCUCGAUUUUGGUCGAGCAAUUGAUUUUUUGGAAAAACGAGAAGAAUAUGACACAGCGAUAUUAUGGCGUCAACUUGCUCAGGUUGCAUUAUCACAACAACAACUAUUAAUAGCACAACGAUGUUUCGCAGCUUUGGGUGAUAUAUCACAUGUGCAAAUGCUUGUCGAAACGAUUCGAAUUGUUGAUGAAAUUACAAGAAGUAUGGAUGAUGACGGGAAAAACAAUUACAAAGUUCGAGCACGACUGGCACUUAUGAAUAAAGAUUUUGGAGAAGUUGAAAGAAUUUAUCUUGAACAGAAUGCGUUAGAUGAAGUUAUUGAAAUGUACCAACAAAUUGGUAAAUGGGAGAAAGCAUUUGAGUUGGCUCAAGCACGAAAUCAUCCAGACUUGGAAACUGUUAAAGCUCGUUACUAUCGUUAUUUGUUCGAUACAGGCCAAGAUGGAAAAGCUGCACAAGUAUCAGAGAGUGAUGGUGACCUGCUUGUUGCGAUAGAACUAUAUUUAAAAGCUGGCUUGGUUAUUCAAGCAGCUCGUAUACUUUUGCAAAAUCCAAAACUCUUCUUCAAGGAUAACUUGGUACAAAACGUGGCUACUGCACUAAUACGAUCUGAUCUAUUUGAAAAAGCUGGUGAAUUAUUCGAAGCCACAAAAGACUUUGAACAGGCUCUGGAAAACUAUCGAAAGGGAAAAAGUUAUGCGAAGGCCAUCCAAUUAGCACGGAUACAUUUUCCGGAAAGCGUUGUUCAACUGGAGGAAGAAUGGGGCGAUAGUCUAAUUACGGAAGCGAAUUACGAUGCAGCAAUAAAUCAUUUUCUUGAAAGUGGGCAAACAGCAAAAGCUCUUGACGCAUCAAUCAAAGCAAAACAAUGGGGUAAGGCUGCACAAAUUGUCGACGUACUUGAGGAUAACGAUCUAGCAAAGCGAUACUACGGUAAAAUCGCUGAUCAUCAUGCAAGCGUUGGUGAUUUUGAGAGAGCAGAAAUGUUGUAUGUUGAAGCGAAAAUGCAUCGGGAAGCAAUUGAGAUGUAUAAUAAAGCUGCGCGAUGGGCUGAUUCAUAUCGACUGGCUACAGAAUUUAUGGGAGAUGAGAGCGAUCGAAUGUAUGGAGAAUUGGCACAAACAAUGGAAGACAAUGAUCGUUUAAGGGAUGCGGAGGAGCUAUAUGUCGCGAUUGGAAAAGCCAACAAAGCUAUUGCAAUGUAUAAGAAAAAAGGUCGGAUCGAUGAUAUGAUGAGAUUAAUGGAAAAAUAUCAUGUCGACGAUGUUAAGGAUGCUCAUCUUCAAGUCGCAGCUGAUUUAGAGGAAAAAGGCGAUUUACGGGCGGCAGAAGAGCAUUACUUAUUUGCUGGUGAUUGGAAAGGAGCAGUCAACAUGUAUCGUAACGCCGAAUUAUGGAACGAUGCGUAUAGAAUUGCAAAGCAAGAAGGUGGUGACAGAGCGCAAAAACAGAUUGCAUAUUUAUGGGCAAAAAGCUUAAAUAGUAAUGCUGCGGUGAAACUGUUGCAGAAAUUCAAAUUACUUGAUGAAUCGAUCGAUUAUGCAUGUGAAAAUGGAGCUUUCGAUUUUGCAUUCGAUUUAUGUCAUUUGGAAGCAAAAAAUCGUCUGCCAUCAGUGCAUUUCAAAUUAGCACAACAACUGGAAGAGGAAGGUGAAUUUGAAAAGGCUGAAAUGCAUUACUUGGAAGGUGAAAGGCCGAAAGAAGCCAUAUUGAUGUAUAUUCACAAUCAAGAUUGGGAAAAUGCAGAACGUAUUGCAAAACAGCAUAAUCCAGAAGCAUUAUCUGAUGUGUACAUUCGACAAGCCCGAAUGGCAAUCGAGCAAAAAGAUUUUACAUGUGCCGAAAGUUGUUUACUUCGUGCCAAUCGUCCCGAAAUAAUUCUGCGCUAUUACAAAGAAUUAGGAAUGUGGCAAGAUGCUCUUCGUAUUGCAAAAGAUUAUAUGCCUGCAGAAUUACAACAGUUAGAAGAAGAAUUUGACGAAGUGCAGCUAAAAUCUGGCGCAAAAGGUAUUUUAUCAUUUAUUGCCCAAGCGCGAGAUUGGGAAGCUCAAGGAGAAUAUGUCCGAGCCAUUCAGUGUUAUCUGAAGGUGAAGGAUUUAGAGACAGCCGAUACCGAUGCAAUUGUGAAUGCUUUAAAACGGGCGGGGGAAUUAGCAAUAAAAUUCCUCUCGGAUAGUGAAGCUUCUGCAAUAGUGGAUGAAAUUGCGGAAAUUUUCAUUCACUUGAAAAGGUUCAUCGAAGCAGCGGAACUAUUUGUGGCUUCAAAUCAACCGGAUAAUGCUGUUAAGGCCUUCUUGCUUGGUGGACAAUGGGCGAAAGCUAAAAAGUUGGCUUUGGAAUUCGUCCCCGAUUUGGCAGAUUUUGUGGAUGAAAAGUACAGAGAAUCAUUAAAACAACAAGGUCGAUUAGGAGAAUUAAUGGAUGUGGAUGUAGUUAGUGCCAUUGAUACAUUAGUGGAACGCGGUGAAUGGGAAAAAGCUCUUGAAGUAGCUCGCCAACAGAAACACCAGCCUUUGUUGGACAAAUACGUUGCGUUAUAUGCAACCGAACUGAUCAAAGAGAAGAGAUAUGCCGAAGCAACUGCUGCAUUCGAAAAAUAUGGGGCAUCGUCAAAUCCGAACAAUUUCAACAUCUACAAGAAACUUGUUGAAGAAGUUAUCAAUGUACGUAAUAUGGACAAUCCGAACGUUUAUGGAAGAUGGGCUACGCUACGGAAUGUCCUUCUUAUGAUAUACGACGGUAUGAAUACCAAGGAGAAGAUGAAAGAAUUGUUAAACAGAUACUUGGAGAUUGCUCAUUAUGGUGCAUUACGUUCAGCUAUUUUGGAAUACAGUGGAACAGAGAUAGAACUUAUUGCGGCUCAAAUUACAAUAAGCUUUAUUCGCUAUAGCGAUAUCAUGCAAGCUGAUAAAGUCUUUUACGACGCUGGAAUGGCAUGUAGAAAACUGGGUACCAAGAAAGAGCGUUUGGCAUUUACACUUCUAAACUAUUAUCUGGAUUUAUGUGACGCGAUUGAGGAUCAAGAUCCAUCGAUCGUUGAUGGUUCCAUUUUUGAUGGGACCGAUAUACCGCAAGAAGUAUUGCUUCCAGCUAUAAAAUAUACAUCUGAUGACGAACAUGAAGAAGUAAAAGAAUGGGUAUUGGCAAUAUCCAUGGAACAAAGUAUAGAACGAAGUCUGCCCCGCGAUAUUAAUGGUAACUUCGAAGUAAGCCUUGUUGAUGCAAAUGGUACAUCUCAUUCAGCGUGUCUUAUUUCAGGUUAUCCGAUACGUGGGAAUGUUAAAGAAUUUGGAUCUUCUGGAAAAGCAGCCGAUCGUGAUACGUGGAGUCGUUUCAUCAUGGCACAAAAGACGAAAUCAACCGAAAGUAUCGGCGACGUAUUACAGUUCAUAGCAAAAUGGACACAAACAACAACAUCUCUGUCAUUGUAA